UGGGAGAGGGUUUUCAAUCAGAAAAGGAAGACGGCCACGAAUCAAGUUUACCAGGACCGAGUGACCCCCCCAUCGCCAACUAAUUCACAGCAAUACCAAGGCACACUCUCUAGCGAACAAGUUUUAUCUAGCUCUCACGAAUUGGAAAGCCGUUCGAUUCCUCAGGCAGAGGACAUUGAUACAACUUUCGGCAGAGAUAAUGGCACGUCACCAAACGCAGGAAAUUUAGAAUUCCAAAAGUGGAUGGUACGUCAAAUGAAUGUGAUGAAAGCCCAACUGCGACAACUACAGGAAAGCGUAGACGUUUUAGUGAGCAAUUACAAUUGGGGGACCAAGACGGGUGGUCAAAACGAAAAGUUUCCAGUGGGUUUAUUACCAGUGGAUGAUGAGUCUGACUUGAAGAAACUCGAGGAUUUCGCCAAGGCAUCAAGAAUCACAUUGAUUACAGAACUGCAGAAAGGCAUACGUGCGACCAAGGAUGUAAAGAUUGCUACACAGCGGAUACUAGCCAAGUUGCUGACAGAUAAGUAUGCAUCGUCAUACAACUGGAUUGGUUCAAGAGGACCGAAGUCACCUUUUUCAAAAUCAUGGAUGAAGCACAUUAUAUAUGAGGCAAUUCAAGGACUGGAAAACUUGGGCAACGCUGACGACGACGAGAUUUGGGAAGCAAUUAAAAAUUGGCUCAAAAAUUCCAACAAGCGUAUUGAAUCGGAUAGGAAAAAGUUGGAGAAGUCCAAUGCAGCUCUUCCAUUAAGAAAUACUGGACCAGAAUCAGACAAUUGAUUUUUUUCACAAUUUUUUAUUGUUAUUUGGAUUUAAAACUUUAUGUAAUGUUAAUGGUCAGUAAUAAAUCAUAAUUCCCGCAUCUAA